UAGCUCGGAUUGCGGAGCCUAAUCUUGGCUCCAGGCUGGGCAGGAAGUUGGCGGAUGGUCGGCUGACGAGGCGCUCUAGGCCGAGCGGUUUUCGUCUCUAUGACCACAGGAGGCGGUCUCCGGUGUCCCGAGGAGGGCGCUUGGAGGGGGCGUGCGUCAGUUCCGCGCGGGGCUGUCGGGGAACCAUGGCUGCCCCAAGAGAAAAUGUCAGUUUAUUAUUCAAGUUAUACUGCUUGGCAGUGAUGACCCUGGUGGCUGCAGCUUAUACGAUAGCUUUAAGAUACACAAGGACAUCAGACAGAGAACUCUACUUUUCAACCACAGCCGUGUGUAUCACAGAAGUUAUAAAGUUAUUGCUAAGUGUGGGAAUUUUAGCUAAAGAAACUGGUAGUCUGGGUAGAUUCAAGGCGUCUUUAAGAGAAAAUGUCUUGGGGAGCCCCAAGGAACUGAUGAAGUUAAGUGUGCCAUCAUUAGUGUAUGCUGUUCAGAACAAUAUGGCUUUCCUAGCUCUUAGCAAUCUGGAUGCAGCAGUAUACCAGGUGACCUAUCAGUUGAAGAUUCCCUGCACUGCUUUAUGUACUGUUUUAAUGUUAAACAGGACACUCAGCAAAUUACAGUGGAUUUCAGUUUUUAUGCUAUGUGGUGGAGUCAUACUUGUACAGUGGAAACCAGCUCAAGCUACAAAAGUUGUGGUGGAACAGAACCCAUUGUUAGGGUUUGGCGCUAUAGCUAUUGCUGUAUUGUGCUCAGGAUUUGCAGGAGUGUACUUUGAAAAAGUUUUAAAGAGUUCAGACACUUCCCUCUGGGUGAGAAACAUUCAAAUGUAUCUAUCAGGGAUUGUUGUGACAUUAGUUGGCGUCUACUUGUCAGAUGGAGCUGAAAUUAAAGAAAAAGGAUUUUUCUAUGGUUACACAUAUUAUGUCUGGUUUGUCAUCUUUCUUGCAAGUGUUGGAGGCCUCUACACUUCUGUUGUGGUCAAGUACACAGACAACAUCAUGAAGGGCUUUUCUGCAGCAGCAGCCAUUGUCCUUUCUACCAUCGCUUCAGUGAUGCUAUUUGGGUUACAGAUAACACCCACCUUUGCUCUGGGUACUCUUCUUGUAUGUGUUUCUAUAUAUCUCUAUGGAUUACCCAGACAAGACACUACAUCCAUCCAACAGGGAGAAACAACUUCAAAAGAGAGAGUUAGUGGUGUGUGAUUUCAGCCUCAAAAGACUCUUACCGAGACAAAAAAUGUUUGCAUUAAACUAGAGCCUUAAGUCAAUCUGAGAAGGUAGCUUAAACAAAAACAUGUUAACUGUGUCAUAAGAAUUAAGAAGAAAGCUAUCUGAAUGAACUGCUACAAAGAUUUAAUGUGACCUGUUUUGGGUCAACCUGUUUUGUUUCAGAAUGAAAGACUUUUAUUGUAUAUAUAAUGUAUAUAAAAAAGUAUGGAGAGGGUAUGAUAUUACAAAAAAAUCAUGUGAGGAUACAAUAUUCAAGUAACAAGGUUUGGGACAAGGUUAAGGGUUAAAGUGCCAAAGCCAUUUCUGUACGAACUGUUUUCUUGUUCAGGAACCAGGGGAGAAGGAUGACCCCUCCUUGUUCUCCAAUUCAUGUACAGUAUUUCAUCCCAGCAGCAGUAAGACCCAGCUAGCUCUUUUCUUACAAAAGAGAGGCAUAACCAAGCCAGGCUAGUUCAGAAACAAACUGAAUGUUUAACUUCUCAAACUGAAUCUAUUUCAUAAUGCAGGCAAUGACUUCUGGGUGGUGACGGAGUACUCCUGUUAAGUGCUGUAUUUGUGCCAUUCAUUGUCUGGAUUCGUAUUUCUUUGCUGUUAGAUGAUCUACUUUUCUUCAAAAAAUAUUUCUAAUGUCACUUUUGUACUUUUUUUUAUAAAGUAUGUUUAAAACUAUUGGGCUGUCAGUAAUUUGUGAAAUUUUAGUGUUUUUAAAAAUUUUUCUAUAAUGUUAAUGGGGAAAUUCAGCAAUAAACUUAAUUUAUUUAUAUGCAA